CUUUUUCCAAUAUGGCACCUUCCAUGGAAGAAAAAAUUGAGAGUGUCACCUCGUAUAAUUUGCGGCCCUUAGUCCUCCAUGGAUAUAUUUUCCCAUUUAUAUUUAUAUACAUUGCAUGGCUAUAUCUUUUGGUGGUUGCCUAUGGGGUCAGUGAAUAUUUGGAAGCUGGAUUGAUCGUUUUAGCAGCCAUAGGAUGUGUCCAAAUUUUGGUCUGCUUGUUCUGCCAUUGGUCAAUACACGUGAGGUGUUCGCUCACAUGCAGGAAGGAAUCUAACCCCUUUGAUGCUGAUUGGGUGAAGGUUGUCCCUACAGCCAACAAUGGAUAUCCAGAACUGGUCCAGCUUCACACAGAUAUUCAUCCAGGCACAGGGAAGCGAGAUCUGUGGUUCACAUUCCAGAAGACAAAGUACAUUUAUGAUGCGGAGGAGAAGAAGCGAUUCCAGGCCGUGGAGUUUCCUGUCAGUCACGCCAUCAAGGUUUACCAAUCCUGGAAGGGUUAUCAGGAUGAUGCAGAGGUUGCGGCCACCAAGAAGAAGUUUGGAGACAAUCAGUUGACAAUGGAGCCUCCAGAGUUCAAAGAACUUUUCAAGGAGAGGGCAACAGCACCUUUCUUUGUAUUUCAAGUCUUCUGUGUGGCUUUAUGGUGCCUUGAUGAAUAUUGGUAUUACAGUGUCUUUACUUUGUUCAUGCUGGUGACGUUUGAGGCGACACUGGUUCAUCAACAGCUCCGAAACCUGACAGAGAUUCGGAAGAUGGGCAAUAAACCAUAUAUGAUACAGGUAUAUCGCAACCGUAAGUGGCGCCCCAUCCUCAGCAGUGACCUUGUACCUGGUGACAUCUGCUCCAUCACUAGAUCUCAGAAUGACAAUCCUGUCCCUUGUGACCUUCUGCUUCUGAGGGGUCCAUGUAUUGUGGAUGAGUCUAUGUUAACAGGAGAAUCCGUUCCUCAGAUGAAGGAGCCAGUAGAAGGACUAGAACCAGAUCGCAUCUUGGACCUCCAGUUUGAUAGCAAACUUCAUGUCCUUUCUGGAGGUACUAAGGUGGUCCAGCAUACCCCUCCUAACAAGUCAGCCCCAGGACUAAAAGCUACCGAUAACGGCUGCAUUGCUUACGUAUUGAGAACUGGAUUUAAUACUUCCCAGGGUAAAUUACUGAGCACGAUCCUUUAUGGAGUAAAGCGAGUGACAGCCAACAAUCUAGAAACAUUCCUCUUUAUUCUCUUCCUUCUCAUCUUUGCCAUUGCUGCUGCUUCAUAUGUCUGGAUAGAAGGAACGAAGGAUCCAAGUCGGAAUAAGUACAAGCUCUUCUUGGAGUGCACCCUCAUCCUCACCUCAGUGGUACCCCCAGAGCUCCCUAUUGAGUUAUCCCUGGCUGUCAACUCAUCUCUACUUGCACUCACCAGACUAGGUGUAUACUGCACAGAGCCAUUCCGUAUCCCGUUUGCUGGUAAGGUUGACAUCUGUUGCUUUGAUAAGACAGGAACACUCACCAGUGAUAACCUAGUGGUAGAGGGAGUAGCGGGUUUACCGGGUAAAGACAAGCUUUGCACCAUCACCGAGGUGCCCUUAGAUACUGUUCAGGUGCUUGCUACCUGUCAUUCCCUGGCCCAGCUGGACGAUACCCUGGUAGGGGAUCCUUUGGAGAAGGCCACACUGACCGCUGUGGACUGGACACUCACCAAGGGGGAUGUUGUGAUUCCCCAUCGAAUCCGCAGUCAGCCCCUGAAGAUUGUCCAACGCUUUCACUUCUCUAGCGCCCUCAAGAGGAUGGCAGUGAUUGCUUCUCUCCAGGAACAUGGCUCCGUAGACUGCACCUAUCUGGCUUCCGUCAAGGGUGCCCCAGAAACACUAAGAUCAAUGUUCUCAGUUGUUCCUGAAAACUAUGAUGAAGUUCACUCACAGAUGUCUAGGCAAGGUGCUAGGGUGCUAGCCCUCGGACACAGGAAGCUAGGUCACAUGUCUUCACAACAGCUGCGUGACCUGUCUCGUGAUGAGGUUGAAAAAGACCUGACUUUUGUUGGUUUUGUCAUCAUCUCUUGUCCUCUGAAAUUUGAUUCGAAAGCAGCGAUCAAGGAGAUCCAGCAUGCUUCUCACUAUACCACCAUGAUUACUGGUGAUAACCCUCUGACUGCCUGCCAUGUCGCCAAAGAACUACGCUUCACCAAGAAACCACACACUCUUAUCCUAAAACCACCCACUGAGAACGAAUAUGAUGAAUGGCAUUGGCAGUCCAUCGAUGACACGGUGACGUAUCCCAUGAUACCAUCUGCAGGGGAAGUGCGCCUUCUAUUGGCCAGUGAUCUUUGUCUUACCGGAGAGGCUAUAACCCACCUACAAACCACCAAUAUAACUUUUCUGAACAGAAUUUUACCAAGGGUUAAAGUGUUUGCACGAGUAGCACCCAAACAAAAGGAGUAUGUAAUUACCACACUAAAGAGUCUUGGAUAUACGACCCUCAUGUGUGGAGAUGGUACCAAUGACGUAGGAGCUCUAAAGCAUGCACAUGUUGGUGUUGCACUUCUUUCAAAUGUUCCAGAAAGGUUUUUACGAGAUAGGAAAAAGCCGAAAGAAGAGACAGCAGAGACAGGAGGGGAAAAUAAACAAGUUAAGAAUUCCUCUGGCCCAGAGAGGAUACCAUCUGCCUCUCAUCAUGGAGGGGGCAGGCAUGGGGGUGGAGGAGGACGAGCAGCUCGACAGAGGGCUAUCGCUAAAGGAGAGGACCUUACUAGGUCACAAAAUAAAAAGCUAAAUAACUUAUUGAAAGAAAUGGAGGAGCAGGACCAAGCUCAAGUAGUCAAGUUAGGAGAUGCAAGUAUAGCAUCGCCCUUCACUUCUAAAUUAUCAUCAGUGCAAUGUGUGUGUCACAUCAUUAAACAAGGCCGCUGUACGUUGGUCACCACUCUUCAAAUGUUCAAGAUUCUAGCACUAAAUGCUCUCAUCCUAGCCUACAGUCAAAGUGUUCUAUAUCUAGAUGGCAUCAAAUUCAGCGACGCCCAGGCCACGCUACAAGGCCUCUUAUUGGCUGGUUGUUUCCUCUUUAUAUCAAGGUCAAAGCCAUUGAAGGUAUUAUCAAGGAGUCGUCCUCUACCAAAUAUCUUCAAUGUCUACACCAUCUUAACAGUCAUCUUUCAAUUUGCUGUCCAUUUUAUGAGCCUCAUGUACCUCGUACAGGAAGCAAAAGCGAGGUCACCACCCAGGGAGACUGAAUUUCCUGAUCUUGAGAAAGAGUUUGAACCAAAUCUUGUUAACAGCACAGUAUAUAUCCUCUCCAUGAUGUUACAGAUUAGCACAUUUGCUGUUAAUUACAAGGGUCAUCCUUUCAUGGAGUCGUUGAGAGACAACAAGCCUCUCCUGUACAGUCUUGCAUUCUCUACAGUGUCUGUAUUUGCUCUAAUAUCUGGAGUACUGCCCGAUAUAUCCAGUCAGUUUGAAAUUGUAGAAUUUUCAUCAGAUUUCCGUUUGCUGGUGUUCCAAGUUCUUGUAGGAGACAUGGUUUCUGCAUUCAUCAUUGACAGGGUUCUUCAAUUUAUUCUGGGAUCAGCAAAAUUAAGAGAAGCAAACUAAACCCAUAUUUAAUGAACCAUCAUCAAUCAUCAUGCAUGGGACUACAGUUCAGCAAUUUGGGUAUUUAUGAUGCAUUUAAGCAGUGCAAGAUGUUCUUAUAUGCAGUGAAUGAAUGUUAAAUCCCACAGGUAUUAUUUGUAUUAUUGUAUGUUCGGUAGCAGAGAUCUAUGGAGUGAUUUGGUUGGAUAUUGGACCGCAGUUAGGAAAAGAGAUUAUUAUAAAUGUAGAUUAUUGCUGAACCAAAGUCAAUUCCAUAAAGGUAUGAGAAAUGUGUACUCUUGAGAACAUGUUCAUAAUGACAAGGAUAAUAGCCACUUGGUCUAAUAACAGUUGGUUAAACCCCCAGUUGGUCUCAGACCAUAGGUAAAAAAGAUGGCCAGAAUUCACAAAGAUUGUUUUGAAUCUGGUCUGAAACCAUGGCUUAUGCAGAUUUUAUGAUUUAUAACUAUUCCCCAUUUAAGCCCCUUUCACAAUUAGUGGUGCGACUGCUUACGACCGUUGCGAUUCUGUGCAACAUAUAUUGUGACCAAGUGAUCGCCCCUGUGAAAGGCCCUUUAGUCAAAUGAUGACUGCACACUUUUGUCACUGCACUAAAUUUCGCAAUGAAUUGUGCAUUAACGAGCCCACAAUUUUGAUUAAUGAAUCCAUUUAUCUGUUUGGAUUGAAUUUACAUAAACAGUUGAAUUUAACCAUACCAAUAAGUGAAUUGAGUGCCGUAUGACAAAAGUAUGCAUUUAUCUUUGGACCCAUAUCUCAAUUAUGGAUCAUUAAUGAAUAAAUUCUGUGUAAAUAAACCAUUGUUUAAGACCGUAGACUUCAAAACUAACUCAAUGAAAUCAUGCAAUUUGGUCCACCAUCUUCUUGGCAUAAUUAUUGUUUGGUCCAAUUAUCAAUUGGUUUAUUAAUUUCCACUUGAUAUAUUUCUCUAGAUCAUGUAAUAAAAUUGUUUACAAGCAUUCAAAUUUUAUGCAUACAUGUACUUUUAAUGUUGUUCCAGACUAUCUAAAAAGCACACCAGAAGCUUGCCAGACAUAGCAACAAGUAAUGUAUGCAAACAGGAUUCUAAGUAUUUUCUUGUUUAUUUAUUACUGACAGGUUAAAGGAAUACCUCAUCAUUACUAGGAUCUUUAGGAAAGAAACACCUGUAAAUUUGAAUUGUUAAAGUUAACAGGUUUCUUAGACAUACAUUUUCCUCAAAAAUUGAUUUAUACACACAAUGUCUACUACAUAAAAUUGAAAAAUAGUGAUUUUUUUUCUACCCAACAUUUUUUUUUUCAUCUCUCAAAAUACUGCAUAAAUUGUAUUCAAUGAGGUUGUCACCCCUGCCUUCAUUUCUGUUUUCACCAAUCACAGUUGUUGUUUUUUUUACAUAAUGCAUACAUCUCGUAGAUUAAGAAAUAUAACAUGAAUCGCUUCUAAAGUUAAGAUUGAUUGUAUUAAUAUCAGUUGUUUUUAAGAUGAGUCCCUGAAAAUGGAGCUAAGAAUGACAUUAUGGCUUUAUGUAGGUCAGUUCGUUGGUAUGGUUUAAAAUGAUGGCUUUAUGUAGGUCAGUUUGUUGGUAUGGUUUUAAAUGAUGGCUUUAUGUAGGUCAGUUCGUUGGUAUGGUUUAAUGCAUUAAAGAUUGAUUGAUCAUGCAGGUGGAAUUAACAAACGUAAUUAAACAUUUUCUAAUUCAUUUUAAAUCCUUAUUAAAUGCAUGUAUUUUCCUUGCCAGCUAAAGACAAUUUUAAAUGAGAUUAAUGGCAAUUUUUGAAAAUAUAUUAAGGGAAAUAUAUUUUUGUGUCUUGAAAAGUGGUGUUAAAAUUAUGUAUUGUCUUGGUAAAUUAAAUGAAAAAUUUUGAAAUUAAGUUUUGAUGAAGUGGAGUGGGUUUCUUGUAGAAUCAGAAUAUGAAGAGAUGUCUGAUAUAGUCCGUAAGCAUUUUAAAUUUGUGAAACAAAUUAGUUGCCAAAUUUUCCAAGGGUUCUAUACAAUAGUAUUUUUAAGAUUUGUGUUUAAGAGUGAAACUUUACAAUUAGGAAUACUGUUCAUCAAAUAAGUAGAUAGCCAAUCAUUACGUGUAAUGAUUUGAUGUGCAUGCCUUUUCACAGAGCAGGUUUUGCACUGAGUAAAUGUGAGAUGAAGAUAGAUUGAUAAUUGGUGUGGCCUGUUCUGAGAAAAAAAAAUGCAUUAAAAAAUGUUGCCGCAUGUUAUGAUGAUUUUUCAAAAUUCAUUUGUUGGUACAUGUAUUCCCCAAAACAAACUAUUCACUAUUUACUGUAAUAGUGUGUAUAGCUACAUGCUAUCUUUAAAGUAUUCUAUUUUGUCAUCACUCCUCAUGUAAAAAGACAAACCUUGAAAAGAUAAAAUGAAAAUGAUUUUCAAGAAAGUUGGAAUAUCACAACAAUACAAUAUUACCUGAAAUUUGAAUUAUAUCUUUGAGAGGUACAUGUACCUUAUGAUAAGAUACCUGUUCCGGCCAUGAUACAUUGCAUUGUCUGUUUUGGUGCUGUAAUUAUUUGCUUGCUCAAAAACGGAACAGUACAAUUUAUUUCCAGGUAGUAGUGUGAUGCCUGUUUAUUCAAAUUUCUUGCGGUUCACCGCUUCACCAACUUUUCAACCAAUUUUACCAAAGAUUUUGAAAUGAAAUGGAUCAAUACAAGGGCAUAAUAUGUGUGACCCCCUAUCCAAACUGAAUGUGAAUAAAAAAGCAAAAGUUGUUUUCAUGAACACAUAACUGAUAUAUAUGUCCUGAGAGAGUAUUUUCUCCCAAAUAAUUUGAUUCUUAUUUGUAUGUGGUAUAAUGCCUGGAUAAUUGGGAGGUAUUUCUGUCAAAGUAAGGCAUACAGAGUUGCAGUAACCAUGGUAAAAAAAAAGUUCAUAGCCAAAUUUUUAGAAUUUAUUACAAAACUAAAAUUUACAUUGCUUGAUAUCUAGUUUGAAGAACAUGAGGAGACUACAUAUUUCUAAGAACCUAUGAUAAAUUUGAAGCAGGUACAUGUAUAUGAUGUUUACAUGUCUGAAUUGUAUUCUACGGGUUAGUUUCUAUUGUCAAAUUUAACUUUUAUGUUUAUGACAUACUAGUAGUUAAAUUUUCCUCUUUCCUUUAUUGCCUAUUUUAAUUCUUCAUAUUGUGCUAUGAAAUUUAGUCUUUUCUUUCAAAGGUAUAGAUGUAAUUGUUUAUCAUUUGCUCUUGAUCAUAUUGAUAAAAUGCAUUUGAAUGUUUAAAUCUUAUUUAUAUUAAUUCAUUCCACACGCAUGCAUUUAUAGAGUAUUCCUAGAUAUCAUCCUUGGUACGUAGGUUAUUGCUUGUGUGUGAUCAGUAUUAUAAACAUUUGUUGCCAAUUUGCAUACCACUCACUUUAAGCCUAAUUCUUGAUAAAAAUUCACACUGCAUAAAUUAUUGUUAGAUUUUAGUUAACAUUAUCAUGUUGGCAAUAUGCUAGAUUCUUAUAUAGAAAUGUUAGGAAUAUGAUAUAUACUUGAAACACUUUGCCAACUGAAAUAAUGUGAGAUAUGAAUAUUGAACAAUUCAACUUACCAGGUUACGGAGAGAGAUAACCUAUAUAGUGGAGAUAAACACUGUAACGUUUAUCAAAUUGUAUUGUUCUUAUUCUCACAGAUAAAUUUCUUUGUGCAGAUUAAUUAAAUGUUGCUAAAGCAA